CUCUCCUGGCCUGAUCCUAGGCUCUAGUCCUAGUCUGUCUCUGAGAAACCAGCGACGCAUGCAGGGACCCUUCAGGAGCCGUAGACAAUGUCUUUCUCGUACGGCCUGCGUAUGUUGCGGCUGGUCCCAGCGGCAGUGAGAGUCAGCGUUGCUGGCGUGGCUGCCUACGGCUCGGUUCAGGCUGGCAUGUGGUCUCCGAGGACAAAGGACUCACGUGAGAAGCUGGACCAGUUGCAGAGAGAGAUACACUAUCCUACGGCCUCGGGGAAGGUACACAAGUCGUAUACAUGUGCAUGUGGUAUAUCGACAGAAUUUGGACACUUUCUCCUUUUCACUUCCAAGAUUCGGGUUGUGUGUGACGUAAGAGUAUGUUUUAGCAUUACAUUUUGUCUACUUUUUGUUGUGAGUGAGGCUUUACAGUUAGAUGUAAUGAGUUUCACAAUCAACAAAGAUUCUUUAUCAAAGGUUCCAAGAUGCUUUAUAAGAUCCUCUUGCUUGGUCGCUAAAACUUGUCACUCUACAGACCUUGCUCUCAUCUGAGGGGCAGACCCUGACUUCCCAACUCGUUGAGGGCUGGAAUGGCCUCGUGAGGACCGCCUUUCUCACCAUAACCGGACAGAGUGGUGGGCUCCAAUCAGAAACUCUGAACAGCGUGAAAGUCGGUCUAAAGAGAUGGGGCUCCGAGAUAAAGAAAGGUGUAACUGGUAGUGACAGCGGUGAUGAAAAAUCCUAGCCCUACCAGUUUUGUCUGUGCUGUCUUAUGUUGUGUGUUUCCGAAGAACAACUUUGUUUGCUACCCGCGCAUGCGCAGCUACCGCCACCCACGUGCGAACUUAUGGGCGGAGCUGAUAAGGUGCGCUUCAAUUGGAGUGCCACGCUAUGCCAUGGCCGCGGCGCCUCCUCCAGAGAAGAAAAGAAAGGAGACGCUGCUCAGUGCAGAGUUGGGGAAGUUUCUGGAAAAGAAGAUCAGAGUAAAAUUUCAGGGAGGCAGAGAAGCGGUUGGCAUACUGAAAGGCUAUGACCAGCUACUGAACCUGGUACUGGAUGGAACCAUUGAAUACUUGCAAGAUCCAGACGAUCCUUUCAAGAUAACAGAGCAGACGAGGAGUCUAGGACUAGUGGUGUGUCGUGGUACGGCCGUGGUCCUCAUAUGUCCAUCUGAGUCCAUGGAACAGAUCGCAAACCCCUUCCUCCAGAUGCCAGAGGAAAUAUGA